CCUUGUUGGCGGGUGGAUGUGUCGCUCGGUUUAUCAUUGUUUUUACGUUACGAAAUCUUAGUGAAAUGUGAUAGUGGUUAUAGUUGAUAGUGAUGUGUCAAAAAUAUGUGAUUAGGAUCAUUCUUGUGAUUAGUGUUUCAUAUGGAAAAGUUACAAAUGGAGGUACAGACCAAACGACGGAAAAGGAGACGCGACCGGAGUACAUCCAUCCAGACGGUCUUAUUAACUUCGAUCCUUACCUCUCAGACUUUAAGCAAGAAGUUGUUGAGGACGACUAUAUUCCAAUACCAGAAAACGACGAAACCGUUGAUGGCUUACCGAUCUUUUUACUCGAUCCAAAGAACUCAUACGUACAACGCACGAAGCCUGCAACCCUGGUUUGCAGGGCUGCGAACGCCUUACAAGUAUUCUUUAAAUGCAAUGAUGUGAGAAUAGAAAAAACUGUACAAUUCGAGCACGUAGACCCUCAGAAUGGAGUUAGGGUUGUCGAGGCCGAGUUAAAUGUAACGAGAAAUGAAAUAGAUGAAUAUUAUGGUGGCAAGUACAGUUGUGAUUGUUACGCGUGGAAUAGCAAGGGCAGGAUCCGAAGUCAGGCUGUUUUCAUUGAAUAUGCUUAUAUUAAGAAGCAGUUCGUCCAAUACCCCCAAUCCGUCACUGUGGAGGCUGGAAAACAGGCCACCUUCCGCUGCAGCCCACCGCCCGCUGCACCACCAGCUACCAUCAAAUGGUUGAGGAACGGCGUUCCGGUGGACGCCACUGAUGAGAUGUUGGUUCUUCCGAAAGUUAAAUUACAGGACAUGGCUAACUACACGUGUAUAGCAGAGAACAUCGCUGGUAGAAGAGAGUCAGACACGGCUGUCUUGUCCGUUUAUGUGAACGGAGGCUGGUCAGAGUGGUCACCUUGGGUCCCGUGUCGAUGCGGAUCCCAGAGCAGUGGAAGACGAAGAACGAGGACGUGCUCUGAACCUGCCCCGGUUAAUGGGGGAGCGCCCUGUAGGGGACAGUCCUCGCAGAGUGAUGACGACUGUCUGAAGUGCCAGAAUGGUUCCUGGUAUCCCUGGAGUGCAUGGUCUACAUGCAGUGAGGACUGCGUCAGAGUCAGACGUCGGCAAUGUUCAGGGUCUUGUUUAACUGGCUCCACAAUGCAACACGCCGCAUGUGUUGACGGCCUGUGUUCUUCUGGUAUGCAUUUAUACAAAAACAAUUUGACAAUGUACGUGGGUAUCGGAAUCACAAUAGCCAUGUUAUGUGCUGGAGGUGUCAUUUUGUAUGUCUGGUGCAAGUACAGGGCUCGACCUGGGUAUACUGCUGCAAGAGCUGGACUACCCAAAACCUACUCCCGGGAUAAGAGCAGUACCGGACCGGACUUAACAAGAACGUGUAACGAGUACUGGAUGCAACGACCCGAUAACCAGUAUGACAUGCCACAGAUGAGGGACAGUUACUCGUCGCCGUUCGGCAACCGCACUCACCACUCGAGUAACCACUACGAGAUGAAGCCCUACAGCCCCUCAGGUGACUCCGCGUCCAGUUGUUAUACCAACUCUCGAACAAUGACGUCACGAUCCAGCGAGUGUUCGUCACAACUGGCGGAAUUGGUGACGUCAUCGCCCUCGCUGUCAAAGGUCGAUGUAGCUGUCACCCUACCGCCUCACACCAUGGAGAGUUAUAGAGACAAAAUAUGUUUAACCAUAGUAAAAUAGAUUCAUAUAUAAAUGUGAACGCGUCUAUUUUUAUUUUACGUCCAACUAUUAACUACUUACUACUAUGUAUUACUAACGCCUUAGAAAUUUUAUUUUUGUAUUUAUGCUAAAUUGCCAUAUUUUUUUUAAAACUACUUGCGAACCUUCUAACAUUGUGAGUGACCAUGGGCGGCGGUAUCGCUUAACAAGAGGCGACCCUUAUAUGUGCCUCCUUUGUUUAAAACAGAAAUAAAACUUUUGUGCCACAAUUGUCUAUCAUAACAUGGACUAAAGUAACAAACGUCUUACUUAGACUCUGAAUCUUAGCCUUUGAAACGAUUUAUUUGCUAAUGUAUUAGAAAACAAGUUAUGUAGCAUUGUAAAUCAGAAUGACGUUUGUUCCUCAAAAAUAACAGUUCCAUUUAAAAAUCAUAGAUUUAUAUAGGUAUUUAUCAGGUAACUAGCAUUUUAAUUGUUUUUCAUUUUAUAUUUGUAUAAAUAAAAUAAUUAGGGAUUUCUGUAUCUAAAUCUUGGUUAUAUCAGGCUUAACACAGUGAUACCUCGAUAUACGAGUGUUUUGAGAUUCGACUAGCGAGCGAUAUUUUGCUCUGAGAUGCAUCGCCGUAGAUGAAUACUACUUCAACACCUUUCUCCCUUCUGUCGUUUUGUUCCUAAACAAUAUAGUAUUGUAACCAUGGGCCAGAAGAAGACGAUAUCUAUUGCAUAAAACGUGAAAUUAUUUUCUUUUUAUUUUGUGGAGAACCGAGAAGGCAUGAGUCAACUUUCCAAUGUAAGCUUUCUUUUUAAUUUUUGUAUAAAUUUUUGGUGUCUUAAAAUGAUGUUUAAAUUAAUUUAUUGUUAAUCUUAAUUAGGGUUUUGUUAAUUUAAUCUUAGUUUACAUGUACAACGAAAGCUUAUUAAAUCACUGCCUAAAUAAAUGCAUUUUUUUAAAGACUGAAUAUCGAGCUAAUGCAAAUGUCUGACGCUCUCCGCAUAAACGUUAAGACUAGCUUUUGUCAGUUAAAAAUUGUAGUGGAGAGCUUAAUAUACAAAAUGUUUCUAGUAGUGUUUGUAAAUAAUUGUAUAACUGUGAUAUUUUGUAUAAAAUAAAUG